AUGUCAGUGGAAAACGGUUCUCAGGACUGUGAGUUCACGUUGUCCAAAGUGGUGGAAGAUGUGAGCCAGCACAGCUUUGCCCAGACAGAGGCUCUGAAAGACAAACAAAAAGUUCUGCAGACCCUAGAGGCGUCCUUAUCUGAUGCCGAGAACCAAACCAAACAAGUGGAGAUUGAGCUGCGGUCCAAAGUGAGGCAGAUCCUGACUUUGGAGACCGACUCGGAACAUCUAGAACAGCACACACAGGACCUCCUCCAGCGCUGCACCGCCAUCUCCCAGGAGAACGCAGAGCUCGAGAGCCUCAUCAGAGAGGAGCAGGAGAAGGUGUCCGCUGCCCUGGCCCUGUACCAUUCAUACCGGGCCAAGAUGGAGGAGCACAGAGUGGCGGUCGAGUUAGCGGUGAGUCAGACGCAGGCCCACAAGGAGCUGGAGAAGAGACAGGCAGGUGUCAGGAUGUUAAAGAGGAAGAAAGAAGAACUAAGGGAAGAUUUGGAGAACCCCAGUGGGAAUGCUGUGCAGAUGGCAAAGAGGGAAACCAGUGCUUUGAAAGAGCAGAUCAUUGCAAAGAAAAAGACCUUAGCUGAGAAGAGAAAUAAACUGAGGAAGGAAGCAGAGAUGCACCACGACAUCAAGAAAGACAUAGAGAUUCAGAACCGACGUUAUGAGGCCAUUGUGAAGCGUCUCCACUGCCAGCUGAGCAAAGCACAGUCUGUUCACAGACAAAUGUCGGCUGAGGUCAACCACAUGGAAAGGCAGGUUUCAGAGCUCAAGAGACAACUGGAGACAUCCCAAAAUUCUCUGGACAGCGCCUGGGUGAAACGUGGCACAUGGCUGAAGCUGAAGGACAUUACCAAGGAAACAGGCCCCAGCUGCGACGGGAGGGACGUGACUAAUACAAGGUGA